CUUUCUCUCUCUCUCUCUCUCUCUCUCUCUCUCUCACUAGGUCGGUGCUGAAACGCUCUCAAAUUUCAGGGAGCCCCACAUGGAUCGGAGCUGGGAUGACCAAGAAGGCGACUGGUACAGUAGAAAAACCUCCACCGCCUUUGACCGAACUUUCAGGAUUUUUAUCGAACACCUAGUCGGCGUAACUAUUCGAGCCCCUUAUAUACCCACUCCCAAGCUCCCCAAACCGCCAUUUUUCACCCACCACACCCACCUUCCCUCCCUCUCUCUCUCUCUCUCUCUGUCUUACCCAGUUCACUGCCAUUAACAAAGAGUGAGAAUUUCGUUCUAUGAGCCCAAAAGACAAGAGCCACCCAAAGUCUCCACCCACUUCAGCUGAAUUCGACCCGGAAUCAAUUGGGUUAUCGGAAUUUCGACUCGAAGUGUCGGAACCGUUACUGGGUUCUCAGCCGAUUCCUUCGUUCACUUCUGUAAUGGAGUUCGAAGCCUUCUCUUCUGUAAAACCAUUGGGGGCUUUUAACUUCACUGAAAAAGUUUCAAUUCCAACGUCCUCUAUGGGCGGCGGUGGUGCGGAGGACGUGGUUGUUCCGCCGCAGCCACUGGAAUGUCUGCAGGUCACUCUGGUGCCUCCGUUUCUGUCCAAGACUUUCGAUUUGGUCGAGGACCCCUCGCUGGAUUCGAUCAUAUCGUGGGGCUCCGGCGGCCGCAGCUUCGUGGUGUGGGACCCAUCGGAGUUUUCCAGAUUCAUCUUACCGAGGAACUUCAAGCACAACAAUUUCUCAAGUUUUGUGCGGCAGCUUAAUACUUAUGGUUUUCGCAAGGUUGACACAGAUAAGUGGGAGUUUGCGAAUGAAGCUUUUCAGAAGGGCAAAAGACAUUUGUUGAAGAGGAUCCAGAGGCGCAAGUCACCUCAGUCUCUGCAAGUUGGGAGCUUUACUGGGCCUUCUGCGGAAGCAGGGAAGUCUGGAGUCGAAGGUGAGAUAGAGACAUUGCAGAAAGAGAGGAGUAUGUUAAUGCAGGAGGUUGUUGAAUUGCAGCAGCAGCAGCGGGGCACAGUUGACCGUAUGAAGGUAGUGAAUCAGAGGCUUCAGUCUGCGGAGCAGAGACAGAAGCAGAUGGUUUCUUUCUUGGCCAAGAUGCUUCAGAACCCGGCAUUCGUGGCCCGACUUCAACAAAAGACUGGACAGAAAGACAGAGGCUCUUCAAGGGUGAGGAGGAAAUUUGUUAAGCAUCAGCAGCAUGAACUCAGUAAGUCAGAUUCAGAUAUGGAAGGCCAGAUUGUGAAGUACCAGCCUGCUUGGAGAAACCAAACCAUAUCCUCUACAGCGCCGGAUUCAAAUCCAGUUCUUGAACAAUCUCCUCAUUAUCCUUCACAAGUUACGACAGGAAAACUGGGUUUGGAUGCUGAAAGCACGGCAUUCCAAUUUGUGGACGCUGCACUAGAUGAAUUAGCAAUCACACAAGGAUUUCUUCAAACACCAGAGCAAGAAGGCGAAGGGGCAUCAAGCAUGGUAACUGAAGAUCCUUUUUUCAAAGGGAAGAGUGUUCUAAGCCCACAACAAGAGGCUAAUCCCGAGCAUUAUGUCUCUUUCGAGGAAGGUUUGUUGAAGGACAGGACUUUUCCAGAACUGUUUUCUCCAGGGUUGGAGAGCAUGAUUAAACAAGAAGACAUAUGGAGCAUGGAUUUUGAUGUCAGUGCCGGUAUGUCAACUUCUAUGAAUGAGUUAUGGGGUAAUCCAGUCAACUAUGAUGUGCCAGAGGUGGGAGUGACGGGUGGAUUGUUAGAUGUCUGGGAUAUCGAUCCCCUGCAAGAGGCAGGAGGGUUGGGAAUCAAUAAGUGGCCAGCCCAUGAAUCUGCAUUUGAUGAGCCUCAGAGUCAAGGUGUCCAGUCUGCAUCUAAAACUACUGAUCCGUAGGGCUGCAUUUGCUGCCCUUUCGGAUCCUAGUCAUUUUAAGUUGCAGGGGUCAGGGGUCUAUUAUAUGGACGGUUUAUUAAUGAAUAUAUUAAUUUGAUAACAAAGUCUUACUCUUU